UUUAAGAAAAUUGUAAUAAAACUACAUAUAACAUUAAGAGAACAUGUCUAACUUUCCUCUAUUACCAUCAGCUGUUGCUAACUGAUGACUGAUUCCUGUCACUGUCAACUACUGUCAGUGAUGAUUAUUGUGACUUGAAAACUAACAGGCCUGAGGCCACAGAGGCUAUGCCCUGACGACGCAAAUCGAGUUGAGAAGGGACGGUUUAUUGACAACCGACACAAGUAAAUUAAACUCUGGUUGGAAAUGACAAUACAAAUGAAGCUUUCUGAAGAUAAUGUGGCAUCAAGAGAUGAAGAAAGAAGAGUACAAAUAUUUGUAAAUCAAAUGUUACUGACCAGGAUUUUUACAGCUUCUUACAUCGGAAGAUUUUAUGUGGAUUCAUUAAAGGACUACAGAGAUGUCAUUCAAAUAUACAAUGAAGAAAAUGAUUUCAUAAAAGAUUUGGAAGUUGUUAGGAUGAGAGUUGAACAUUUUUAUCAAAGAAAAGUAUGGCCAGCUAUCACAGGUUCUGACUAUAUAGGACCACCAACAGGCCACUGUCUUUGGAUUAACCUGGAAAAUAUUGCUUUCGGCAACUACUGGUUUUUGAUUGAAAAUGUUGUGUGGAAUGGAAGAGAAAUAAUCAUAAAAGUUAAAGUUAUUAGAAAAUUUGAACCAGAUGUAAAAUCUUCAACUCAUAACAACACUUCAGUAGAUUGGACUGAAAUAAAGAAUGACAUUACCAAUAUGUUGCGAGAAACAAUUACAUGGUCUAAUAUAAAAGAAAGUUCCAAAUUUAUAUGCGCACUGUUGAUGGCAACAGUUACUGCAUUAUUGUAUGGAAUCCAAUAUCUUGGGGAUUAUUCUAUUCGAUUCUUCAGGGAAUUCAACAACCUGAUAAAAGUUUCAACUCCUAUAUUUAUAGCAUUAAUUGAACUCGUGUCCAAGACUAUAGGAGGGUUUUAUAUUUUGAUAGCAAUGUUAUGGCGAGGUCAUGGUCAAGGUUUGCCACCACAAAUGAAUCUAAUGGCAAAACAACCAGCAAUAAAGCCAGCCCCUAAUCAAAGAAGAUAUUAUCGUUAUGAAUAGAAGGCUUAUAGAAAAUAAUCAAAUUAUUACUUAACCCUUUGCAUGCCAACGUACCGGUAUUACGGCCGUCGGCUACUCAACUGAAAAUCGCCAACGGCCGUAAUAUAGGUACGUCACGUUUUUCACCUGUAAUUUCCUUAUAGUCCAUCUUAUUGCCGCGAAAUGUUGACUAAUCGAUCGUCGAUUAGUUGCUUUGCAACCAAAAAGUAGUUAAUUCCUUUAUGGACUGUUUGUUUGGUCGUAUUUGAGCUUCGCAGCUGUUGAAUUGUUUGGUCGAGAUUGAGGUUACGUUCGUGUUGCUAUG